GGAACAGAUGCUUGGAAUGGUAUUGGGAUCCAAUUACUGCACUUUUCCAACCUUACAUCUAUUGUCUAAACUUGGAGCAGGCAUAUUUUUAUUCCUUGGUGACACUAUAUAAAGAGACAAUUGGCAUUGUGUUUGUUGGCUGACUGGUUGGCAGAGCAGGGGUGGAAGGAGCAGCAGCACCAUGGCUCCCAAAAAGGCAAAGAAGAAGAUAGAAGGUGGUUCCAAUGUUUUCUCCAUGUUUGAACAAACCCAGAUUCAGGAGUUCAAAGAGGCUUUUACCAUCAUGGAUCAGAACAGGGAUGGCUUUAUUGACAAAGCAGAUUUGAGAGACACAUUUGCUGCACUAGGUCGUCUGAAUGUCAAGAAUGAAGAGCUUGAAGACAUGGUGAAGGAGGCGCCAGGUCCCAUUAACUUCACUGUCUUCCUUACUAUGUUUGGGGAAAAGCUGAAAGGCACGGACCCAGAAGAAACCAUUCUGAAUGCUUUUAAGAUUUUCGACCCAGAAGGAAAAGGCCGCAUAAAGGCAGACUACAUCAAAGAAAUGCUCAUGACACAGGCAGACCGGUUCAGUCAAGAAGAGAUCAACCAGAUGUUUGCUGCUUUCCCUCCAGAUGUCUCUGGGAACCUUGACUAUAAGAACCUGUGCUAUGUUAUCACCCAUGGUGAGGAGAAAGACUGAGAGCAAAGAGAGGAGCUUCUCCUGAGGUGAUGCACCCAGUUAUUUCAUGAUGCUCUCAUGUACAAACAUCCAGGAUGUGAAAGUCACAUGGUCAUUGGAAGAGAACCAAUAAAAUAAUUGAAAAUAGA